AUAAAAUUUCUACAAAAAAAAAAAAAAAAGGGGUUACAAAUGAAAUAUUUGUUAGGGAAAAAUGAUCAACAAGACAGAAUUAAAAGCCCUAGCCCUAUCAGCUUUCUAUUCAUCGUCGAAGUAAAUAUUACCAUUCGCCGCUCAAAAGCUUCGUUUACCCGGUGAAAUUAUAUAUGGUUAGUUUGUUUUAAUAUCAAUGGGAAACAGUCCAGACCCAGAUAUCGAUGAUGACUUCAGUGAAAUUUACAAGGAAUACACUGGCCCGCCGGGGUCUACGGUUUCAAGAGCACAAGAUAGGGUGAAAGAGAAUAAACGUUCCCAUGCUGGUUCUGAUGAAGAAGAGGAACAGCGUGACCCAAAUGCUGUGCCCACCGAUUUCACCAGCCGUGAAGCUAAGGUUUGGGAGGCUAAAUCCAAGGCUACCGAGAGAAAUUGGAAGAAGAGGAAAGAAGAAGAAAUGAUUUGCAAAAUAUGUGGAGAAUCAGGCCACUUUACUCAGGGUUGUCCCUCCACUCUUGGAGCAAGUCUCAAGUCUCAAGAUUUCUUUGAAAGGGUAUCUGCUAGAGAACCACAUGUAAGAGCACUUUUCACAGAGAAAGUUAUACAGAGGAUUGAAAAGGAUAUAGGUUGCAAAAUCAAAAUGGAUGAUAAAUUUAUAAUUGUUAGUGGCAAGGAUAGGUUAAUAUUGAAAAAGGGUGUGGAUGCUGUACACAGAAUAAAGGAUGAAGGUGAUCAAAGGGAUUCUUCUAGUUCUCACAGGAGUAGAUCAAGGUCACCUGAGCGAAGUCCUGUUGGUGCACGGUUGCGACGCCCUGCAUCACAAAGGGCUCAUUCAGGGCCACAUAAUUCAUCACACUUUCGAAGAUUUGGCAGGCAAGAUAAGGCUGUGGAAGACCGUGUCCGUGAGGAUCUGAGGAAAUUUUCUAAAUGUUCUCCGCAAGCAAGAGCUUAUGGUAAUGAUGGAGCUAGAAGUCGCUCAAGCCACUUUAAAUCUCCAGGUCGUUUACCUUAUGCUGGCUACACAUAUAAUUCCUAUGAUGGUCAUAAUCAAAACAUGGGGGCUAAUAGAACUGAUGGAUGGGAUACUGAGACACAGAGAUCUGUUUUAAAAUCUGGCAAUCAGUUUGAAUACCCUGGCUUCCCUCAACCAUUAGAUGAGUUGGAAUUAGAAUAUAAGAGCGAGGCAAUGGAACUUGGGAGAAUUCGUGAUAAGGAAGAAGAUGAAGAGAAUUUUAAGCAUCGAGAGACUAUCAAGGAGAUGAGAGACAACUACAUCAAGAAAUUGGCUAUAUUAAGGGGCGCACAUACAAAACAAUGGGAGGAGUUUCUUCAAUUGGAUGCCCAAAGGCAUCAGCAACUGGCGCAGCAACAAAUGUCUGUUUCUGGCUUUGGUGCUUAUAAACAGCAGGCUUUUUCUGAAUAUGAUGGCUCGUCAUUCAAUGCUCAUUAUGCUGGAGCUAAUUUACCCAUGGAUUCAAGGGGCAGGUACUCAAAUCCUAUGGAAAAUUAUCCUUCUAGAUCUCGUGACUCUUAUGGUGAGUUUCAACGUCAGAGGCGUGAAGAUUUUGGGAAAGCUUCCAAUCGGUACUAAAUCAAUAUACUGUGGACUUGAUUUGGGUCCACCAGAUCUUGGUCAGGUAGGGGGUAAUAUGAUGGUGAGCUCAAGUCUAGGUAAGUAUGUUGGUUCUGUGUCAGAGUUAUGGAGGGAACACUGCUGCUUCAUUGAUGUUUUAUUGCAGUUGUUCCAAUUUCAAUUUGAUAAUUUGGCUGUGUCCAGAACUUUAUUUAAAGAUGUCAGAUACAGUUUUUUGUUUUUAGUUAUAGUAGAAAUAUUUGGAAAUAAGCCUUCUCCUUAAUGAUUGUUGAUUUGCAUUAAGUAAUGCACUCUUCAAUUUUAGAGGACAGCACGAGAACUUUUUCCAUUUUGUUUUGUAUUAUUUGAUUUUGUCUGCCUCUGCUGUGGUUGGACCAAUAUUGGGAAAAAUCCUUCAUAUUAUUUUGGGGGGGGAAAAAAAUCUCUUGACUUCCUGUGUGUUAUUUGUGUACUAUUGGGGUGCCCAUUCUCCAGGUAGUUAAUAAUUACCAGGUUUUUAUUUCUCUUUCAAGUGAUUUGGUGUUAACACAAUUGUUUUGGUUUGAAGUGGUCAGCAAACCUUGAUAUUAUUGUAUCAUGGAGCUUUUAUUAGUUGACAAGCAACUAGGCUAGCUGAUAUUUGAGUUGGUUGGUUGAAAUCAGGUAUCGUUCAAACUGUGGAAAUUCAGGUGAUUUUCCUGAAUUAGUGAUCUGCUAUCCGAAACUUCAUUUGGCUUUCAUUUUAAGGUUUCUUUACAGCUUAACGAAGUAUGGUAAGUACACACCUGCAUGUGUUUGAUGGUUUGCUUAUGGUGGUAAGAACAUUUGGCUGCCAAAAGCUUGGUUUAAUUACUUCUGGUGGAUACUUUGGUGCUCCCACUGGGCGUUAGCCAUUAAUAUCAUUUAGUCCAUUGAUUUAUUUGGAAUGCGUGGGCUUUGCUGUAUAUUUUGGUUUGUGUAUCAAGGAAUAUAUGCAGCCUUCAUCGCCACAGGGAUCACAUAGUGAGGUCAAUUUGCCCAAUAUAUUAUUACAAGAGAUUUGUGUGGUUCCCAAAUUUUUUUAAUUCAAUUAUGAAGAUAUGCAGCCAUCAGUCACGAAAUGCAGUGCACAGCUGCCAGUGCAUUUUACUUGUGAUUAUUAUUAUUAUUAUUGUUGUUGUUGUUGUUGUUAUAUUUUAAAAGGAAGAAAUAUGUUCUUUGUUAGAACUCGAAGAGAACAUUUGUUGACGUAGAAUAUUUGCUGGCGUUGGAAUACAUCAGGAACCUUAAAGUCUUUACCUUAAUGU